AUGUUGAUGGAUGAGGUGAUGGAUGAGGUCUCAGAGGUAGUUUCUAGUGCUGAGGAGGAUCCAAAGGAGGAUCCGGAGGAGGAUCCUGAUAAAGGGAAUCCAUCUGAUGGUAUGGAUCAUCGUGGUAGAGGUCGAGACCGAAGUCGAGGUCGAGGUCGAGGGAGACGGGUUGAACCCCUCCGUGAUCAAGGGAGCGAUAGAGCGUCUGAGGUGAACCAAAAUCGUGGACCCGAGGGCGGGGGCGGAGAUCAAAUGGUCACCGCUAUUAAUAGGAUAACUGAAGUAUUAGAGCAUUUGGCGGACCGUCAAGGUCCUGGAUUAGCGCAACAACAACCUGGAGGGCAGGUAGAUACAGAAGAUAGGGCCUUGGAAAGGUUCCUGAAGUUUGGGCUGCCUAAGUUUCAAGGUGAGCCAGAGCCUGAGAUAGUUGAGGGAUGGUGGGAGAGAAUAUCUGAUAUUUUUGCCACCCUGGAUUACACUGAGGGGCGAAAGGUGACCUUUGCGUCAUUUCAAUUUGAGGGAGUUGCACGGUCAUGGUGGAAUCUAAUUAAGGCUAAGUGGGAUAGAGACCGUACCCCUAGUACUUGGGCAAACUUCACCUGUGAGUUUAAUGCCAAAUUCCUUCUACCCCUAGUCCAAGAGAAAAGGGAAGAUGACUUUAUUAAGUGCAAACAAGGGGCCAUGAGUGUAGCAGAGUAUGAGACCAACUUCACUAAAUUAGCUCGUUAUACCCCUGACCUUGUGGCCACGGAGCAGAGACGCAUUAAGAGAUUUGUGCAAGUGCUCAAUGUAGAGAUUCAAGAGGGGCUAGCAACUCCUCAAAUUAGCACUUAUAGUGACGCCGUGGAGAAAGCUCAGAGGUUUGAGACGGUUAGAGCCCAAUCUAAGUCAUUCUUUGCUAGAAAAAGGAAUGCCCCUAGUAGUCGUAGGGACCCAGUUUCGGCAAGUGCCUCACCACUUAAGAUGGGUAGAGGAACUGGGGUAGUGAACAUCCCUAGUGCUUUGAGAGGUGCUUUAGCAAGGGUUGCUAGAACUAGAGGUUCUGGGGCGAGAGGUUCUGGAAUGAGAGGAGGUCAAAGUGGAAGGGGACCCCCUAGGAGUGCUCCGCGCGUUGAACAAGUGUCAACCCCUCAAAUAACCUGUGGAUACUGUGGAAAAGCCAAUCAUACCGCAAAUGAGUAUGGGAGAAAGGAGGGCAAGUGCCUCAGGUGUGGAAGUGCUGAGCACCAAAUUGCUAAUUGUCCUAAGAUUUUCGAGAAUGGGGAAAGCCAAGGAGGUGCCACAAGUUCUAGGCAAACUGCUUCUGGAGGGAGUCGGCCAAAGGUUCCGGCCAGGGUUUACGCCCUAGAUAGUCAACCUGUACCUGACCCUUCGGAGGUAGUCGAAGGUACAUUUCCAAUUUUUCACCGAUUAGCUAAGGUUUUAAUUGAUCCUGGUGCGACCCAUUCAUUUGUUAAUCCUACUUUUAUGUGUGGAAUUGAUGUAAAGACUGUACGAUUACCCUAUGAUUUGGAGGUUAGGACUCCUACGAGUAACAAGAGCAUACUCACUAGCUUAGUUUAUCAGGAGUGUGAAUUCUGGAUUGGGGAAAGAAAAAUGCUAGUUGACUUGGUGAGUUUGGACCUUAAGGGGUAUGAUGUGAUUAUAGGAAUUGACUUUUUGUCUUACCACCAUGCUAAGCUAGAUUGUAGAGUUAAAGUGGUGGACUUUUGCAUCCCAGGUGAGGCAACUCUUAAGUUAGAUGUAAAGGGUAGAUUAGUUUCGUCUGCUUUGAUUUCAGGGAUUCGAACUAGGAAAAUGCUUUACAAGGGAGCCCAGAAUUUCUUAGCUUUCUUAAUUAACGGCCCUAGUGACCAAGUGAAAUUAGACGAUGUGCCAAUCGUGCGAGACUUUCCUGAUGUCUUCCCUGAAGAAUUAACAUCUUUACCACCUGAAAGGGAGAUAGAGUUUAAGAUUGACUUGGUACCAGGAGUAGUUCCAAUUUCUAAGACUCCUUAUAGAAUGGCUCCUGCGGAAUUGAAAGAACUAAAGAUCCAGUUACAGGACCUGCUAGAAAGAGGUUUUAUUAAGAAAAGUGACUCACCGUGGGGAGGUCCAGUUUUGUUUGUAAAGAAAAAGGAUGGAAGUUUGAGACUGUGCAUUGACUAUCGAGGUUUAAAUGAGAGAAUCUUUAAGAAAUAUCUAGACCAAUUUGUAGUGGUAUUCAUAGAUGACAUUCUAGUAUAUUCUAAGACCCGAGAGGAUCAUGCCAAGCACUUGGAGAUAGUUUUACAAGUGUUGAGAGAACAUAAGCUUUACGCUAAGUUCAGUAAGUGCGAAUUUUGGCUGGAAGAAAUUUCUUUUUUGGGUCAUAGAAUCUCUAAGAAUGGAAUCGCUAUGGAUCCAACUAAAGUGGAGGCAGUUACUUUAUGGAAACAACCAGAGAAUCCAACUGAAAUUAGAAGUUUCUUGGGAUUGGCAGGUUAUUACCGUCGUUUUAUAAAAGAUUUCUCAAAAAUUGCUGGGCCAAUGACGGAGUUAACUAAGAAAAACCAUAAGUUCAUUUGGAGCCCAAAAUGUGAAACGAGUUUUCAAGAGUUGAAGAGGCGUUUGACUACGGUUCCAGUGUUAGCCUUACCUGAGGGAGUUGAUGGGUAUGUGGUGUAUUCUGAUGCUUCUAAAGAAGGGUUAGGCUGUGUUUUAAUGCAAAAGGAAAAAGUUGUAGCCUAUGCUUCUAGGAAAUUAAAACCCCAUGAGAUGAAUUACCCGACCCAUGACCUAAAGUUGGCUGCUGUUAUUUUUGCUUUGAAAAAGUAG